CUGGCCCACAGUAGCCAACCUCUCUCUCUCUCUCUCUCUCUCUCUCUCUCUCUCUCUCUUGUGGAACCAUUUUGUUAGCGAUGUCGACUCACGACCUUAUGUGCUGUGCAAAUAUUUAGAUGGAACCCGCAAUUGCAACAGCCGCCAAUGCUGGAGAUACCAACGUCAUGGAAACAGAAGCCAUUCUAGGUGGUCUUUCCCCUGCAAGUGAGGUCAACGAAACCACAGUUCAUCAGCAGACCAGCGGCGGGGGCACAACCAGUGUUGCAUGUGAAGAGGUGUUCGCAACAAUUCAUAUGGAAAAUGAGCAGAUGCUUGCUGACGUGGAUGACAAUGAUAGCGGCGCACGAGGGAACAGUGUUGAGAUAGAGAAGGUGGGUGGAGAGAGAAACGAGGAAGAUGUUGGCAGCGAGGGUCCUCACAGUGGAUGCAUUGUCACAGAUGCAAAUGUGACAAAGACAAUGGCAGAAGAUACAUACCCGUACGAUGUGAAUUGGGUGCCAGGUCGUGUUCAACCAGGUAUCGUUGGAGGUGUGCAUUGCUUUGCUUUCAAGGUUGCUGAUCAGUGGGUUGCUGUUCCUGCCCCAAAGAAAGGAACAUGGCAUAACGUAUGUCUGUCAUUUAUCUAUGACAGAGUGUUGAGGUUGAAUGAUGGGGCAACGACCGACGAUGCUUGCCAUUACGCAUUGGAGAUGUAUCGUGUUCUAGAGGCAAAGGGUGAGUUGCUGCUCAACGAUUUCUUAUAUGACAACUUCGAUUGCGGACAGCUGUGGGUGUUGGGUGGCCAGCAACGCAGGGGGGGGACGCCAGUCAGCCAGGAUGAUGCAAGAAGGGAUCCUCGAUGGGGUUGGGUGCCAUCUGAAAUCCCAUUUGGAUAUGGCCGUGUUAAGAUGCAAGUGCGUGAUAUCAUGGGCAAUAUGUGGAGCGCGCAUUACGUGAACGACAUGUUUUCCUUCCGUCAUUUCGACAGAGAAACGACUGCAAACGAAAAGGUGGCGGUGACAUGCCAGCCACGCGAUGCACGCAUCUUCGACCCGCCACUUGGCAAUCCUGUCGAGUUGGCCCUCGCUGAAGGGACGGUGUUUAGUGGUGAGAAAUGCAUUACAUACGUCCACGUAAGGGGGAAAAAAACCACAUUUGAUGGCAUCUGUAUGGACGUACGAGACCAUGUGGCAAUGCGGAAGGAUGUGGUUGCAGCCAGUAACAUUGCGGCCCAUGUGAUUCAAGAAGGGCAGUUGUACCAUCAUGUGGCCCGUGACAUGUACGGAUACCAUGUCAAUUGGGUACCUGGUUCUUUGCAUCCAGCAGUUGUUGAUGGCAAAGUGACAGUGGCAGCAAGAAUGCAAUCUGCGGCGCAGGCGAGGGCAACUCUUCAAGAGGUGAUGCAAUACGCGGAGGAGGGCAUCCACUACGAUGACGACGGGGAGCUUSRACUACUYACGRAGAGAKUGYCGAGUUACUUCGAUGUCAGAGUGAACAUUCGURCAAGCAUCGYUGCGAACGGAGAGGAGUCGCUCAGAGCACGGAUGCUAUUGGCACGGUUCACUGAGGCGCAUGAUUUGCGUGUAGACAACAGUGCUGAUACCAGUGCAUACAAUUUGAGAAAAGUGGUUGGUUGGAUGUGCACAGAAGGGAUGUCCGAUGAAGGCGACGUGAAUAUGAAAAAGCAGCAGAAGGGGGGAACAUACAUGCCAACCGAUUUCAAGCAGACGGUGAUGAUACAGACAAAGAAAUGGGGAAUGCUUGUUGAAGAUUCUAAGGACGAGAUAAAGAGCGAGCAAGCACUGGCGGGCAAGGACCUCAUUAACUACAGGGUUCGGAGUGUGGACGAGGAUGUCGUAUGUGGUACUCCAUUGUGGGAUGGAAUAUUUAUGGCAGCUUUGCAUCGCCUCAGCAUUGCGACUUUUGAGGUGGACAGAAAUAAGUCAAGGGAAGAAGGAUGGAAGUUGGUGGUCAGGGAAACAGAUAUUGCGCUUCAUGCAGCAGAUGGACACACUUCAGCAGGGGAAGAAAUUGUGAGAACAGUCUCCAUCGUGCGUUCUCCAAUAAACAUAAUGUCCACGCAGGAGGUAGAAGAAGAAGAUGUGUUCAAUUACUGGACAAUGACAGAACAACAACGGGAACGAGAGUUCGAAGACUCUUCUUUACCGAUCGAUUUCGAAUAUGACAUUGAAGAAACAAGAGUGAGGAACAAUGAAAAAGAUGCGAGGGCGCCUAACUAUGAGGUGGAAGUGAGUAGCAGCGAUGUGAGCAGCUACGAGGAGGGUGAGGAAUAUGAUGCCUACUGGGAUAUGGAAGCUGGGGGGCACAAGCGUCAAAAGGGUGGGCACAUGCGAUUCUUAGUCACGGAGGACAAUGAUGGGCAGAAACGACCUGUUGCGAUCGUCAUGGAUUCCUUUCAACAGAGCGGCCGACAGGAAUGGAAAGCGUUGCGCAUAUUUUUGUGGUAUGAAUACCUCAACGAGGCAAACAAAGCAGGGGUGUUGACUCCCGAGAACGUGGACACGUCGUGGGAGGAAGACAAACAAGAAGACUCCGACGAAGAAAUGUCAGAAGAAGUAGAACAUGAGAGAAUGCAAGAACGAGGAGAAGGUGACGACAGUGACGCUGACCAUGAUGUCGAUGCAGAGGAGAGCAAUCCGGAGGGAGAUAACACCGGCGACAACACGGACAGAUCCGAGGAGGGCGAAGAGGAAGAGGAAGGCAACAGUGAAGACGAAGAAAGAGAGAUUACAUCUGCUGAAAAACAGUGCAAAAUGUGGAACUGAAGAAAAAAAGGCAGGCGCACUAGAGACUUCAUCGAAUGACAAACAAAUUGUGUAGAGGGAG